AUGCCAGACACCGAAAAUACAACUACAACAACAAAUGUGGACUCAGUGGCCGUAAGGCCUCCGCCGUUCUAUGAUUCGAAUCCUGCGCUAUGGUUCGGACUUCUGGAGGGCCAGUUCGCUGCCAAUCGUAUCUCUAGCGAUGCCGUAAAGUACGGAAGCGUUUUAUCGGCGCUCACUGUCAGCCAAUCAACUGAAGUGAUGGAUAUUAUUACUGAACCUCCGGCUACUGACAAAUACAAAACAAUUAAAGACGCACUCAUCAGUCGAUUAUCAACAAGUAAUGCCAAACGACUGGAACAACUGAUCGAUCGCGAAGAACUCGGAGAUCGUAAACCAUCUCAACUCCUUCGACGACUCCGCCAAUUGGCCGGCACAAGUGUUACAGAUGAUGCACUGAAGACAUUAUGGAUGCGACGACUGCCAAACGACACACAGAAGAUACUAAAGGCCUCAAGAGAACAGCUCAACACACUGGCCGAUAUUGCCGACGAAAUACACGAUACGUAUCAAUCGGCACAUGUAUCAGCAGUAUCUACCGAAACAGAAGCAUUACGUAAACAAAUCGAUGCACUCACCAAACAAAUAGCUCAAUUGUCGUCCAAUAGAUCUCGCGAUCACAGUCGAUCUCGAUCUCAAAGACGUGGCCGAUCCAACAGUCGCAAUCGCGAAGAUAAUGGCCAGUGUUGGUACCACAAUCGAUUCGGCAAUAAAGCAACGAAGUGUACAAAGCCCUGCAAUUACAAUGAGGGAAACGCGAACGGGAAUCAAUAGCGACGGCAACUGAUUCCCACAACAAAAGCCGUCGUCUGUUUGUCACCGAUAAGGUCACAAAAAUAUCAUUUCUCAUCGAUA